AUGUUCUUGGGAAAUCCACAAAUUUCCAUUAGGCAAGACGAGAUUGUUAAACAGGGGUGGCUUUACAAACAAAGUCGAUUUCUAAAGGAUUGGCGUAGAAGAUGGUUUGUCUUAACAAAGAACUACAUUGCGAGCUUCAAAGACCAAAGAAGCCUUUCUACUCCUACAGAAUCAUUAAUGCUCUCUGAGUGUCUAACUGUUAGAUCCGCGGAUGAAGAUACGAACAAAGAGAAUUCAUUUAGGGUUGAUACCCCAAGCAGAGUUUUCUUUUUAAUAGCUGAAAACCCAAUUGAGAAAGAGGAAUGGAUUGGGCAAAUAGGGAGACAAAUGAUUAGACCCACUGUAUAUCAACAUGACUACUAG